AUGGGUGAUAGAAAGAGGGUAAAUGUAGAAGGAGAUCGACUAAGCAGCUUGCCGGAUGAUCUUAUCCAUAAAAUCCUGUCUUUUGUUCGCACCAAACAUGCCGUUCAAACAAGUGUAUUGUCAUCCAGGUGGAGGUAUAUCUGGACUUCAAUUCCCUGCCUCAAUUUCUCAUGUAAAGGUUUUCGUACGUUCCCCAAGUUCUCCAAAUUUGUAAAACAUGUUCUAUCUGGCCGAAAUAAUCAAAUAGAGGUGUCUUCUGUCGAGCUCACUUCUCGUGGUAAGGUUGUUCAGCCAUGUGAUGAAAGAAUUUUGAGCUAUGCAUUCUCCCACAAUGUCCAAGAAGUGAAUAUUACUUUCUUGCCUGAAAAGAAGAUCGAAUUUCCUGUUUCUCUAUUUAGUUCUCAGUCUCUCAAAAAUCUUACUUUGACUGGGUGUACUUGGCGCGUUUACAACCUUUCCAUCACGACCCCACCUACUUGGGAGCUGCAAACUUUAGCAACGUUGAAUCUCCAUUUUGUCACAUUGCAUGAUGCCAAUACUGACAACGGUGAUAGUCUUUUCUCCCACUGUGCAAACUUGAAGAAUCUCACCUUAAAGCAUUGUAGACUGGUGGGCUUGAGUGGUUUCAAUAUAUCUCAUCCUGGGUUAUCUAGUCUAACACUUGAAGAUAGUUAUGAUGGUGUCAAUGUGGUUACACCUCAACUCAAGAAUCUCAUUAUAAAAGGUUGGCGAGGGUUACAUCUGAUAUCCGCACCCAACCUUUCCUCCUUGCAUUACAAAGGUUCCUAUGAUUCUUUACAGCUUUCUACGGACCUUUUACAUUUGGAGAGGGUGGAUGUAUGCCUGUCUGAUCCCUCAAAUAAAACUGUAUGUCUGCUUCAACAGUUCCGUAGUGUCAAAUUUCUUACACUUAACUUGGAAAUUGUCAAGCUUCUUUCCUUGUCUGUGGAACUAAUCUCACAUCAACCUUCACCGUUUGCCAACUUAAAGAGUUUAAAGGUAUAUCCAAAUAAUGUUAACCUUGAGGCUGAGAAGCAAACACAACCAGAAGUAACUAUGUCUACUGAAGUAAAAAACUAUCUGCUAGAUAGUUCCCCCGCCCCAGGGGCCACCUUCACAAUUGUUUCACAUGAGGAGGUCAGAACUGCGAGAAAUGUUACAUCAGCACGAAACCUUAUGAGUGAAUUGCAGGGGUUUCUUGAUGAAUGGAAAGAAAAUCGUGAAACAAACACAGCUCAUAUGAAGCAAGACAAGGCACCAAUCGAGAUUGAGAACCGUAGGGCACAACUAAAAACAAAAAGGAAAUGGCCGUUUGGGGAACGGAUGACACAUAUCAAGGACCAGUUCUGGGAAGGGCAUAAAAAUACUUUUCACGUAAUUUCAAAGUUGGAGAAGAUUGAAGAAAUACUGACGAGGCAACCUACAUCACGUCAGGCUAAGUUGCAACAAAGUUUUUCUAAUUUGUGCUUGGAAGCCGUCACUAUCAUGGAUAAUAUUUUGGAUCAUUUGAAGAUUCAAUGUGAUAAGAAGCCGAGACUCUACCUUUCUGAACUUGAUACUGCAUCACAACCGUCUUCUUGA